AUGGUCAGCCCUUUGACCUCUAAUGCACACGGUGAGAAGCUAAUUACUGAGGCAUAUUUACCAAGAAAGCUAGAAGCUUUUUUCAGGAACAAAGUUGUACAAGAACUGAAGUCCAAUGCAGACGAAGCUCCGGAGUUGCUGCAACUGCAAGGAUCGAAGCAGCAAUUGAAGAGUUCCACUCUGGAUGUGUUGUGGUUGUGCCUUAGAUAUUAUGGUGGUGGAGCAAGGGUAUCCAAAAAAGAAGCCACAAUGGAUUCGAUUGAGUUGACCGUAACAGUUAAUAGCAAUGCUGAAGAUAAAACUCCUCAAGUUGUGGAGCUUUUUAAGAAAUUAAUCAGAAUCAAAGAAAUUCAACCCAAUGUGGUUAUGUAUGGAUCCAUUGUCCAUGGGCUCUGCAGAACGGGGAACGCCAGCAAGGCUGUUAGUUUGCUUAGGAUAAUGGAGGAGGCAAGUUGUAAACCUAACACCGUAGUGUAUAACACAAUCAUUGAUAGUCUUUGCAAGGAUAGAAUGGUGGAUGAUGCUCUCAAACUCUUUACAGAAAUGGAUGAAAAGGGUAAUUUCCCAGAUGUUGUCACUUACAAUUCUUUGAUUCAUGGCCUAUGUAAUUUCGGUCAGUGGAAAGCGGCUACCAAAAUGUUCAAAGAAAUGUUGGAUAUUGGUAUUGCUCCGAAUGUUCAUACAUAUAAUGUGUUGGUAGAUGCAUGCCACAUGGAUGAAGCAAUUAGAGUGUUCAAUAACAUGGUGGACAAGGGCCAUCACCCUAAUGUUUUGAGCUAUACCAUUUUGAUCAACGGAUAUUGCAAGAAGAUGAAAAUAGAUGAGGCCGUGCAUCACUUUCGAGAAAUGCCUCAAAGGGGGUUGAAACCCAACAAUGAAACUUUCUACACUAUGUUAUGGGGUUUGUUUCAAACAGCUCGAUGUUCAGCUGUUCAUGAACAUUUUAAUAAGAUGCAAGCUUUAAUGGAAAGGAACAAUUUAGAUCUUAAUAUUGUUACGUACAAUAUCCUCAUUGAUGGAUUUCAUAAGGUUAAAAAGCUUGAUAGUGCAAGGGCCAUUUUCAAUAACCUUUCUUCCAAGGGAUUGCAUCCUAAUGUUAGGACAUACAAUAUGAUGAUACAAGGUAUUUUUGAAGAAGGCCUACUAGAUGAAGCUAAAGAGGUGUUUGUUAAAAUGGAACAGAAUGGUUGCUUGGCAAAUGAUGUCACUUACAAGACUAUCAUCUGA